CUCGGCGGCACAGCCCGCAAUUCAAUUGCCCGACAGCGGACAGUCAGUCGGUCAGGAUCUCUGAUCCUUACUCGCUUCCAGGUUGCGAUGCAGCCACUUUGCUUCUUCCGUCUGAUCGGAACAGGGUGACAGUGCGAUUCAUGCACGACCGUCGUUCGAUUCGCCGUUGUAAUCAGGCACUUGCGAGCCUACUUUAGUGUGGGUGCCGGUCUGUGUGAUGUGUAACGUUUUGCGAAACGUUGGGGGGCAGGCUCGUAUUGGCACGGCAAAGAUAAGCACAAUUAGAGAAAAGAUGAAUGGUUCAAACAGUCUGGGGAAAAAGGACGAUCUGGCUGGGGAGGUGGGCGCUGAAGCUUCUUUGUAGAAAGUUGUCCGUCAAGGUGCAUGUGAAGCUGGACAAACGACCGAGUCCCGCCGAGGCAACUGUCAUGGUCAUCGGCCCAUGAUCGUGGUAAAACCGGUGGACCGUUUCCGUCAACAGCUCGCCGUUGGUGCACACACAUGACGGGGAAUUCGUCCACCUGGUUUCCACCGGUCUACGCAGUAUGUUCGACCCCUUCCUCUCCAAGACCUCUUAGCCAAGGUGCCCGUUCGAAUUACGUGAUAGAGAAGCCACAAGACGCCUUGAAACUUCCAUGCCAGGAUCGAAGCUCCAUCCAAGUUCUACCCUUGAUGGCUAGCAGCGGGUUGGCUUCCUUCCAACCAAGGCCUAGUGCCAUCUUUCAGGCUGCUAGCUGCUGCAAGGGGGAUCAUCUUUCCCGCCCCGCCCGCUUUCUCCAGCUAUCGGCUCUUGCGGGAGUUGUGGAGGAACUGGAGAAGAAUCAACAAGCACCGGUGCUUGUUGGAGACAAACAGGCGGUAAGAGCUCAAAAAGGGGUCAUCUUGGGCCGGGAUGGUGACAGCUCUCGGCCAGGCUCGCUCAUGGCGGUAUUUUUCAGACGUUGCAGAGCUUUCAUUGACAGACUGCCUGUCCCUCCUGCAGGGGCUGGUGUUUAUCCGACAAAUGAAGCAAAGUCUUUUUACCUCAUGUUAAUCCCUCUCGGGCAGACGACAUCUGUGUGAGUGGAGAAGAAAAAGCAGAAAAAAUACGGUCGAGACUUGGGAUUGAGGGUUGCACGACAGUAAAAGUCUUCGCCCCGUUGCGACAGAUAGGAAAACUGGCCGUUCUUCCGAGAUAAGACAUAUGCACCUCUCAUAGAUAGGAUCCAACGAUACGGAUUAAGUUGCGACUGGUUGGCGUUUUAUCAGUUGUAGUCCAGGCCGGCUCAGUCUACCUGGCACCAGGUAUAAGCACAUACGAUGAGACGUACCUUGAGUGGGGAAGAUAUUUUCUGCCGGGCGGACAAGAUUUCGUUCGCUCAACAUCCAUCGAGUCCGUUCCUGGCGCAGCCUUCUACUCUGUUCAAACCAUUCACUCGAUCCCUGCCUCCCAGUCAAUCCCGCCGAUCCUGAUUGUAUCCUUCAAACAGCCCACCAGAAGCCACAACUUAAUAUUCGAAAGCACCCAUCAUCAUCGUCAUCUUUUCAAAAUGGCAUCUCAGGAAAGGAGCAUGCCAUUCAUCAAAAACUUGGCUUCAAGUGACCGUAAAAUCCGAACAUCGGCGCUUGCCUCUCUUCAUACCUUCCUCUCGUCCCGCCAAAUCUCUUCCUCUCUCACCACCCUCGACAUCCUCAAACUCUGGAAGGGCCUCUUUUUCGCCUUGUGGAUGUGUGAUCGCGCGAUUCCUCAACAAACCCUCUGCGCCGAGCUGGCCAACCUUAUCAAUGUGCUUCCUCGCCAUGCUGUCGUCCCCUGGCUGCGCGGCUUCUGGGCGACCAUGGCGCGCGAGUGGACAAGCAUCGAUGUGCUGCGCAUGGAAAAGUUCUUGCUGCUGGUUAGGAGGGUCGUCGCCAGCGGGUUCGAAUGGAUGAAGCAGGGAGGUGAAGGCAAAAAGAAGAAGAGCGGGAAAGAGACUGCUUGGGAUAUGCAAAGGGUGGACAACAUUCUUGAUCUGUUGAAUGAAUGGCCCUUUUCCCUUGAAGACGAAGCGCGGGUGGAGCAAGGAACAGAAAAGGAAGAGUUGGUGCCCCAGACGAUACCCGUAGGGUUGAGGCUGCAUGUACUGGACAUAUGGGUGGAUGAGGCUGAGAAGGUCGGGCUGUUAGAAGCGGACGAUGUCGAGGCAAGCAAGAUCUUACAGCGCCUUAUCGAUCAAGUGGACGCUUUAGAGCAAGCCACAACGAGACCAGCUGUGCGCAUCCGAUCUAAAGAUUCUCUGGGGGAUGAGCGUCUCCCAGGCAACCGCAAGCCCGCGGUUGAAGAGGAUCAAACGACGACAGAUAGCGGGGAUGGAGGCGACUGGGAUGGUUUCGAGGACUAACUUCAUGGAAAUUUAAUUAUCUGAUGGAGCAUAGAACGCUUUAUGCCAAUUUGUUGAUUCUUCGUACUUCAAAUGCCGCAACGUAUGCUUGCAUCUCACGCCAGACCAUGUAUAGAAAAGAGUACUUUAUCCCCGA